GCGCGAUAACUGAACAGAGUGACACUGACCCUCUCUGUGGCUUUCCCUCGAUAAAACCAGGCAAAAAGAUGCAGGACCAGGCGUUAGAUAUGCAGGUGGAGGAGGAGGAGGAUGAUAUUAGCUUUUUCACGGACAUAGACGAACUGCAGGCCCACGGUAUCAACGCAGCUGACAUCAAGAAGCUGAAGAGCGCCGGGAUUUGCACCGUGCGAGGUGUGCAGAUGACGACCCGCCGCCGCCUCGGUGCCAUCAAGGGACUGUCCGAGGCUAAGGUGGACAAAAUCAAAGAGGUGGCAGCCAAGGUGAGUGGCGGCGAUGGAUUCGUGACAGCGCUGGUGAUGUGUGAGCGGCGGCGGCAUGUGUUUCGCGUCAGCACGGGCUCCGCCGAGCUGGACAGCCUGCUCGGGGGCGGCAUUGAGAGCAUGGCCAUCACGGAGGUGUUUGGAGAGUUCCGCACGGGCAAGACACAGCUGGCUCAUACCCUCUGUGUCACUGCCCAGAUCCCCAACGAGGCGGGCACCUACUCCGGGGGAAAGGUAAUCUUCAUUGACACGGAGAACACAUUCCGUCCUGACCGAUUGCGAGCCAUCGCCGACCGCUUCAACCUGGAGCAGGAGGCGGUACUGGAAAAUGUGCUCUACACACGAGCCUUCACCUCGGAGCAUCAGUUCGAGAUUCUAGACCACGUGGCGGCGCAAUUUCACGAGGAGCCAGGUAUCUUCAAGCUCCUGAUCAUUGACUCCAUCAUGGCACUGUUCCGCGUGGACUUCAGCGGCCGCGGAGAGCUGGCGGAUCGACAGCAGCGUCUCGCCCAGUACCUGUCCCGCCUGCAGAAAGUAAGCGAGGAGUAUAACGUGUCCGUUUAUAUCACUAACCAAAUGACAGCAGAUCCCGGAGCCGCAAUGUCCUUCCAAGCAGACCCCAAGAAACCUAUAGGCGGUCAUAUCCUCGCCCAUGCCUCUACCACGCGCGUCUCGCUCCGCAAAGGGCGUGGUGAGACUCGAAUAGCCAAGAUCUUUGACAGUCCCGAACUGCCGGAGAAUGAAGCCACCUUCGCCAUCACUCCCGGUGGUGUUGCGGACGCCAAGGAGUGAAGCUGCUCAGUGGUGACUUGCGUGUUUUGACGACGAGCGUAGUUUUGAAUGUCCAUUCUGUUUCACUGCUUGUGUUAGGAUAUCUCUUUGACUACGGUAGUGGAGGGACACCCGUCAGGUACCAUAUUAUUAGGUCUGAUGUUGAUUUUUUUUUUGUUA